UUGAAAGAGAAUAUGCCUCUUGGACAGGGCCAAACACCAAGUUAGAGUGCUUAGACUGUGUAUCAUCUUAUGUGUGACACUUGCAGCAGUCCGAGUUCCUUUUUUCUGCUCUCCUUCCCUGGAUGGUUGCAAAGUCAUGUCUCAUCGCAAGUUCCACGCCCCACGCCACGGGCACAUGGGGUUCCUGCCCCGCAGGCGCAGCAAGAAGCACAGGGGCAGGGUCCGCACGUGGCCCAAAGACGACCCCAGCCACCCCGUCCACCUCACUGCCUUCCUGGGAUAUAAAGCUGGCAUGACCCACACUCUGAGGGAGGUGCACCGCCCUGGCCUGAAGAUAUCAAAGCGGGAAGAAGUUGAGGCUGUUACCAUCAUUGAGACCCCUCCAGUCAUUGUUGUGGGAAUUGUGGGUUAUAUUCAUACGGUCCGGGGCUUGCGUACUCUGAAAACCAUCUUUGCCGAGCAUCUCAGUGAUGAGUGCAGACGCAGAUUUUAUAAAAACUGGGCAAAGAGCAAGAAGAAGGCUUUCACCAAGUACAGCAAGAAGUGGCAGGAUGAGACUGGAAAGAAACAGCUGGAGAAGGAUAUUAAUAUGAUGAAGAAGUACUGUUCAGUCAUCAGGGUUAUUGUUCACUCUCAGAUGCGACUGCUGCCCAUAAAGCAGAAGAAGGCUCACAUCAUGGAGGUGCAGCUGAAUGGAGGCAGAGUUGUAGAUAAAGUGGACUGGGCCAAAGAGCACUUGGAGAAAGCUGUGCCCAUUUCUGCAGUGUUUUACCAGGAUGAGAUGAUUGAUGUCAUUGGAGUCACCAAAGGUCAUGGCUUCAAAGGAGUUACAAGUCGCUGGCACACAAAGAAGCUUCCCAGAAAGACCCACAAGGGGCUGAGAAAGGUGGCCUGCAUUGGUGCCUGGCAUCCUGCACGUGUGGCCUUCACCAUAGCUCGGGCCGGUCAGAAAGGCUAUCAGCACCGGACUGAGAUCAACAAGAAGAUAUUUCGUAUUGGCAGAGGCGUUCACAUCCAGGAUGGAAAGGUGGUGCGAAACAGUGCCUCCACCAGCUACGACCUCAGCCAGAAAACCGUCACUCCAAUGGGGGGCUUUCCUCGCUACGGUGAAGUAAAUAAUGAUUUUGUCAUGGUGAAAGGCUGCGUUGUUGGUGCUAAAAAACGUGUCCUCACACUCAGAAAGUCGUUGCUCACGCUCACGUCACGCAGGGCCAAGGAGAUCAUUGAGCUCAAAUUCAUCGACACCACUUCCAAAUUCGGCCAUGGGCGCUUCCAAACGGCCCAAGAGAAGAGAGCUUUUAUGGGGCCACUGAAAAAAGAUCCUCUAAAGACAAUGCCACAACCUCUGUUAGAGGAGGCCUGAAAGAAUGGCUUCUGAUAAUAUACUUGCAGAACAAUAAAUAUAUUUUACUUAUUCACAA